AUGCACCUCAACUUCUGGACGACAAGCUGUAUCAAGGCGAAUUUUCCGUACAAUCCAUUCUCCCACCCAUUCAGGAUUUACGGAAUUGAAAUGCUUUCCCAAGUGUACUCUAAACUGGAUGAUCUGGCCAUACCUUCGUUUAUGCUUUUCCUGGGAGACUUCAUCUACAUCGAUGUUCCUCUCCAGUUCGGCUCUGCCAUCAAGCAUUACAGAGACGAAUACCAAAAAGUCUACGCAUCUCCAAGCUGGCACACGGGUAAGAAUCCAGCUAUAAACCUUCCCUGGAUCCACAUGCUUGAUGACCACGAGAUCCAGAAUGACUGGCACGAUGGCAAUGUCACUGAGCCAUACCCUGCUGCCAUUGACCCUUACCAUCACUACCAUGUGAGCGUUAACCCUCCAAAGGCGAAGUCCCCUCACGCAUCUCAGGAGAACACGACAUACUUCUCCUUCACUCGGGGCCCUGCGUCAUUCUUCAUCCUGGACUCAAGGACAUACCGUUCCCCUCCUGGAUUGGACAAUUCAACGAUGCUCGGAUACGCGCAGCUCCAAUCCCUACUAGAUUACAUCUCCUGUCCUGAACCCGCACCGGUGAAAUGGAAGAUAAUCAGUAGCAGCGUGCCAUUUACCAAGAACUGGCACAUAGGGACAUCCGAUACUUGGGGUGGUUACUUGAAGGAACGUCAAAUUCUCCUGGAGGCCAUGUGGCGGGCUGAACGUACCCUCGGCACUAGAAUCGUCCUUCUCAGUGGUGACAGACACGAAUUUGCUGCCACGAAAUUCCCCAACCCUGCUACGAAGCAGAUUGACUCCACAUCUUCAUCACUUUCCAAAGGUGAAGGUCAGGGUAUCUAUGAAUUCUGCGCCGGCCCAUUGAACCAGUUCUACCUUCCCAGCAGUUCCUAUUAUCAGACUGAUGACGAAGAUGUAACCAUUAAAUAUAUUCCAAACGGCAACUUCAAGUUUGGCGCUGUGGGUAUUGAGAUUCAUCCAGAUGGAGGGUCUGACCUAACAUAUACAUUAUACGUGAACUCUGAGGCUGUAUGGCAAUACAAGCUCUCAAUGCCUUCAGAUAUAAAAGCAGGGGAAGCGGAAUUCCCUGACGGCGAGGAGGUGUUUGACUUGGUUAGCCGUCCAAAGGGAAAACUGGACAUGGGAGUUCUUAUGUUCUGGAGAGGAUUAUACUGGCUAAAUUCACAGGUCAGCACCCUUGUAGAAGGGGUGAACGGGUUAAUUCUGAAAAAGGAAAGGCUAGACGAGUAA